CCGGUAGAUGGCGAUCGUGAAGAAAAUUAACUUUCCAACUUUGCAAACAGUUUUUCCUCAAAAUACUCAUAUUUAGCUUGAUGUUGACAGAUGCUGGCCAGGUGGAGAUUGUGAGGGCUCAUCAGAAGGAUGACUAUUAUUUGGCCAGCUUGAGAAGUCGGCUGACAGAUGUCGCACAGUCGUUAUUUGGUGCUCGUUUCUGGGUGAGGUGGAACAAAGAGUUGACCUUGGUGGCUGAUGUGGGAUACUUCACUCUGACAACUUUAGCUGGCUCCCAAACUCUCGGAGAAGAGUAUGUCAACAUCCUUCAAGUUGAUGAAACGAAGCGAGCCAUCCCUUCUGGCAAGAGGCGACUCUUCCUUGUCCUCCUCCAUGUCUGUACGCCAUACCUACUAGAGAAACUCCUGGAGGCCUUGGAGCAAAAACUCCUUCGCAAUGAGUUCAAUUUCCUGCCACUUGUGAAUGAGAAGCUGAUGAAAUUUACCAGAUGUUUUAAGGAAAAUCUUGUGAUAGUCCACCGAUGUCAUCUGGCUAUAUUCUACCUGUUAGGCGUGUUCUAUCAUAUCGCAAAAAGGACCACGAAUAUCCAUUAUGUUCGAGUGAGAAAUAUUGGAAGUCAGGUUCCUCCCAACUUCCGAAUCCUCGGCUACAUUUCUGUGCUUCAGUUGGGCUUCACCCUGUGCAAGAGUGUGUACGGUGCUUGGAAAGACAAGGGCAGGAUCCAGCCAGAAAAGACUAGUGCCACAGAAGACAAGAGCCCCACACUUUCAGAAAAUAACACCAGGAUACCCACAGCCCAAAGCAAAUGCUCUUUAUGCCUAGAAUUGCGGAGAAAUACCACCCUGACAACGUGUGGCCAUCUGUUCUGUUGGACUUGUAUUCAUGAAUGGUGCUCAACUCAGCCUCUUUGUCCUCUGUGCAGACAGAAGAUUGAACCACAGAAAUUGGUCCUGCUGCAGAACUACGACAAUGGAUAAGAUGUUAGAAGAUUUGGACUUCUGAAAAUUCCUGCAGUAAUUAUGCCCAAUUGCACUAAUAGUCUUGAUUUGCACUUCCAAUUGAUAGGAUCUGUCUAAAAUACGAUGCAAUAUGUAGAUUGUGAUUCCUCACCUUGUUUGAGACAAACAAAGAAAAUGGCAAUAAAGUUUGAUAUCAAAUGAGAA